CACUUCCCCCAUCACUUUUUAAAAUCUUUCCGCCACUGUUCGCUUUCGCUCACUUUAGGUUUUCUCUCUCAGCGGAACACAGCCGAGGCCCUCAGAUUCACCUCGACCUACUGUUGCUCCAUCCCCUCCCCCACAGCAAAUAUCAGGUCAUCAUGUCCCGAAAGGUGGUCCGGUCCAGUAAAUUCCGCCACGUCUUCGGCCAGGGGGUGAAGGCAGACCAGUGCUAUGACGACAUCAGGAUCUCCCAGAUGACCUGGGACAGCAACUUCUGCACUGUCAACCCCAAGUUUGUGGCCAUGAUAGUGGAUGCCAGUGGUGGAGGAGCAUUCAUUGUGCUUCCACUGACCAAGUCUGGCCGCAUUGACAUGUCCUACCCCACUGUAUGUGGCCAUACUGGACCUGUCCUGGAUAUUGAGUGGUGUCCACACAAUGACAACAUCAUUGCCAGUGGCUCCGAGGACUGCAGUGUCAUGAUCUGGGAGAUGCCUGACGGUGGCCUGGUCUCGCCCCUGACAACACCGCUGGUGAAACUGGAGGGCCAUUCCAAGCGUGUUGGCAUCCUCAGCUGGCACCCCACAGCCCACAAUGUGCUGAUGAGUGCAGGCUGUGAUAACGUGGUGAUCCUGUGGAACGUGGCCCGCGGGGAGGCAGUGGUGAGGAUGGACACCCAGCACACUGACCUCAUCUACAGCGUCUGCUGGAACAGGGAUGGCACACAGAUCCUCACCUCCUGCAAGGACAAGACGCUGCGCUUGCUCGACCCGCGCAAGGGCACCGUCAUCACCGAGAAGGAGAAGCCGCAUGAGGGCUCGAGGCCAGUCAGGGCUGUGUUUGUGAACGACGGGAAGAUCCUAACCACUGGCUUCAGCAAAAUGAGCGAAAGACAAGUGGCUCUCUGGGACCCAAGUAAUUUCUCGGAAGCCCUCACCCUUCAGGAGCUCGACACGAGCAGUGGAGUGCUGCUGCCUUUCUUUGAUCCCGACACCGGCAUUGUGUAUCUGUGUGGAAAGGGGGACAGUAGCAUCCGCUACUUCGAGGUGACCGACGAGGCCCCCUACGUCCACUACCUGUCCAUGUACACCAGCAAGGAGAGUCAGAAGGGCAUGGGCUACAUGCCCAAACGAGGUCUCGAAGUCAACAAAUGCGAGAUUGCCAGAUUCUAUAAACUUCAUGAGAGGAAAUGUGAGCCCGUCGUUAUGACUGUCCCCCGUAAGUCUGACUUGUUCCAAGAGGAUCUGUUUCCCGACACCAUUGGUCCAGAGCCCUCUGUGGAAGCCGAUGAUUGGUUUAAUGGCAAAGAUGGCCAACCAAUCUUGAUCUCCUUGAAGGAUGGGUAUGUGGCCAGCAAGCCCAAAGAGUUCAAAGUGAUCAAGAGCCUGUUGGCCACCACAGCUUCCACCUCCCCCCAUUCCCAGGGCGACAACUCGGGACUUCAGGCCCUGCAGGCCGAGAUGAAAGAGAUGAAAGCCACGAUUGAAGAGCUCACCAAACGAGUGAGCGAAUUAGAGAGCAAAGACUAAAGCCAAGGAGAAAGAAUAGGGGUGUAUAAUUGGAGCCAAUGGGGCAGGGGCAAGGGAGGGAACAGGACGUAGAACAGAGGAAGAGAAUAAUCAUGUGAAGCGAUUUGAUAAAAUGAAGGUUACAGAUGUUUAAAUAGAAUAUUGAGGCUUGAAUGCAGAGUGCGAUGUAGGGAGAGAUGGAAGUGCUCCGUGUGCAAUCAGCUCUUUUGUUUUUUCUAAUAUAUGCUUUACAUCAAAAUAAAUGUUGUGACUAUUUUGGAA